AUGAACGACACCGCCACAAUUUCGCUGGUCAUCGUGGGCGCAGCGGCGGUCGCUGCGCCUUUUGUCUACGCGCUGCAAAAGUACCAGUACCGGUACGGAGGCGAACAGUUCAGCACUACCAAGAAGGAUCAUUUGACUCCUGCGAUCGACGGUGAAACUAUAGCUUCCGAAGCAAACACCGAUGAGAUGGAAGAUGAUGGUGGAAUUGAAACAGGUGUUCACCACGGUACCCUUGAGCCUCAGUCGAGCCCACCACCAAGAGCCUCAACUCAGCAGGAUGACGCAUUUUCAACCUCCAAGAAACGUGGACAUUGGCAAAGUUCUACUUCCCUGGCAUCAUCCGAGGCGAUUCUCCUGAAGGAUUCAAGUCAACGAGGCUAA